UGCUUCGACCCCGAAGAGAUGCUCGAUUCGAUGCCCAAGCUUCAAAGUAAAUCCCCAACACCCCAAACGGAGUCCCAGUAUAUCCCCACCCAGAUCAAGACCGGCGGCGAAGGCGAGAGAAAGAAAUCCGAAAUCUUCGACGCUAACCCGCCUGCUCCUUCCAACCCGAUGCACCAAAACCGCAGAAUCCCUUAUACAAAUGCGUAUCAACGAAUAUCAACCAACGCAGAAACCCGCCACAAUGCAGGGUUGCAAUAUGGACAACAUGAGCGUGAGCGCCCAGUUCGUGAGUGGGGCGUGAAGUAG